UGGCAAUGCAAGGAUAUUUAAGUAUUUGCCUCUAGAAUUGAGCAAAAUUGAUUUAUUACAGUUGCAUAUGAUGUAGAGACGACUCCAAACGUACAGAUAUAUAUAUGUAGCAAUCAAUAUGAAUUAAUUUCCAAAUUUUGUAUUCUGUACUGCAAAACUCACAAACGGUAAGUAUAAGUCCUCACCUUAAAAUAAUUUACUUUCCCAAUAAUCUCUGACUGAAAUGUCUUGCAGAUUUUCCGAUUUAACGACUUCUUACAUAAGAUAAACCCAAUUCUCAACAACGCAAGUCCAAACCCAAUUCUCAACAACCCCAGUUCCAUUACUCUCCAAGAUGAACGACGGAGGUCAUAUGGAUAACAUGGGUGGCAUGGCACCACCACCACCGACCCCCAUGAACGCCUCCGGUGCUGGGAUGCACCCACACAUGAUGAUGCACCACAUGACCUUCUUCUGGGGCAACAACGCUGAGAUUCUCUUCUCAGGCUGGCCCGGUACUCGGACGGGCAUGUAUGCACUAGCCUUGAUAUUCGUGUUUCUGCUGGCGUUUCUGGCCGAGUUGCUCUCUCAGUGGACUUUUAUCAAACAGGAUGUGGCCAGCGUUGCGGUGGGUCUUAUUCAGACAGUUGCUCAUGCGGUAAGGGUUAGUCUUGCUUAUUUGGUGAUGCUUGCUCUUAUGUCUUUCAAUGGUGGGGUGUUUAUUGCGGCUGUGGCUGGACAUACACUAGGAUUCUUGGUUUUUGGGAGUGGUCUGUUCAUAAGGCGGAAAACAGAGGUUCCCCUUCCGCCUUAUGAAAACCUUCGGACUACCCAUUAAAUGAUAUGGUCACCAAAUUAGAACCCUGAAUUCUCCGUCUCUGCUCUUGACGUUGUAAUUUUGUCUGGAAACUCGGCUAAUUUAUGCAUAUGGACAAUAAAGGUAGAAAUAAUUUUCAAUUCUCUGUGCUA